AUGGCGCUUUCCAGCAAGUUCCUCCUUUGGUUUUGCUGUUGUGCCUGGCUAUGCGUUGCUAGUAGCCUUGGUUCUCAGGCUUCUAGGGGAGAAGCUCAGAUUGCAGCUAGUGCUGAGUUGGAAUUUGAGGCUGAGCCUUGGUCCUCGCUGCAGCCUGUAGAUGGGAAAGACCCAUCUGGCCUCCUUCCCCCUCUUUUCAAAGUCCUAUCUGAUGGGCCAGGUGGGGCACCUAGGCUGCAGCCGGACUCCAGAGCCUUGCUCUACAUGAAGAAGCUCUAUAAGGCAUAUGCUACUAAGGAAGGGAUUCCUAAAUCCAGUAGAAGUCACCUCUACAAUACUGUUCGGCUCUUCAGCCCCUGUGCCCAGCACAAGCAGGCUCCUGGACACCAGGCGACAGGAAUCCUUCCGUCAGCGGACCUGCUGUUUAACCUGGACCGUGUUACUGCUGUCGAACACUUACUCAAGUCAGUCUUGCUGUACACCAUCAACAACUCGGUUUCUUUUUCCUCUGCUGUCAAAUGUGCGUGCGACCUGCUGAUAAAGGAGCCAAAGUCUUCUGGCAAGAAUCUCCCUGGAGCUCCACACUCCUUUACCUUUAACUCGCAGUUUGAAUUCGGCAAGAAGCACAAAUGGAUCGAGGUUGAUGUGACCCCCCUCCUUCAGCCUCUGGUGGCCUCCAACAAGAAGAUUGACAUGUCUGUAAAUUUUACAUGCACGCGAGAGCAGCAGCGGCAGCCCUCAGCCCGGGACAGCCCGUUUCACAUGGCUCUGCUGGCGCCGCCCUCGCUGAUCUUGUAUCUGAAUGACACGAGCGCUCAGGCCCAUCACAGCUGGCACCCCCUUCACGGCGCACGGAGGCCUGCGCAGGGCCCCGACCAGAAGAGCAAGCUGGCUGCCUACCCCGUGGGGGAAGAGGCUGCUGAGGACGCGAGGAUUUCCCGUCGCCGGAGAGGUCAGGAACCUGUCAUCUCCGAAUUGAGGAAGCCCCUGGUUCCAGCUUCCCGCAAUCUGAGUGAAUACUUCAAGCAGUUCCUUUUCCCCCAAAACGAGUGUGAGCUCCAUGACUUCAGACUGAGCUUCAGCCAGCUCAAGUGGGACAACUGGAUCGUGGCCCCGCGCAGAUACAACCCCCGGUACUGUAAGGGGGACUGUCCGAGGGCAGCCGGGCACCGGUACGGCUCUGCGGCCCACGCCUUGGUGCAGAACAUCAUCCACGAGACGCUCGACCCCUCGGUGCCCAGACCCUCGUGUGUGCCUGCCAGUUACAGCCCCCUGAGCGUCCUGACCGUCGAGCCCGAUGGCUCCGUCGCUUACAAAGAGUAUGAAGAUAUGAUAGCGACCAGGUGCACCUGUCGCUAACAAACGGCGCUCCGAGCGGAAACCUGGAGGCUGUUUGAGUAAGUCAGUGUCGUGUGCCUGUCUGUGCCUCCAGGGCAAACGGUGUCAGAGCUCUCGGCGAAAUGCGUGGGCCUGCGCAGAUCAGUACGUUCUGUGACACCUGUCGGUGUGAAGGGAAAACGCCAGUUGUUGCUGCUGAACCUUUAUUUCCAUUACUUUGGACAGCUUUGAAUUUUUUUCCCUGGCCUUUUUUUCAGAGGAGUCUUAUUCUUGAUGGAAAAAAAUUCUUAGCCUAAAUCUUAGAAUUCUAGCUAUAAAUAGAUAAUUCAGAGCACUAUAGUCUUAUUUAAGGGAAG